AACAAGGGUAAACAGCAAAAAGUGGCAGGAUCAUGGCCACUAACUACAGUGCCAACCAGUAUGAAAAAGCUUUCUCACCCAAGUAUCUGCGGAACUGGUCUCCCGCCAAGCCAACGAAGGAGAGAAUUUCCUCCCAUGAAGGCUACACUCAGAUUAUCGCCAAUGAUCGUGGUCAUCUGUUGCCUUCAGUGCCCCGUUCCAAGGCAAGCCCUUGGGGAUCUUUUAUGGGAACCUGGCAAAUGCCUCUGAAGAUACCCCCUGCUCGGGUGACCCUGACCUCCCGGACGGUUGCUGGUGCUGCCUCCCUCACCAGAUGGAUACAGAAAAAUCCAGAUUUGCUCAAGGCCUCCAACGGGCUGCGUCCUGAAAUCUUGGGCAAGCCUCAUGAUCCAGACAAUCAGAGGAAACUCGGGAAACUCACGAAGACUGUACAACAAGCCCCAAGUCCGACCAUAAUUCCUGGCUCCCCAGAUGUAAAUCUCAAUUCCCCAGACCGACCCCAAAGCUCACACCCCUCUGCAGGUCACACUCCACGUCCCCAAAGCCCAGCCAACUCUCUCAAGAGCCCACCAGGAUGUCCAUGUGUGCUAGAACACCCGGCAGGUCCUAAUCCAGCUGCAGUCCAGAAAUGCAAGCCUGGAAUUCCAGAGGCACCCAGGGACCACACUGAGAAAACCUGUCUGAGUGACAUAAGUGAGACCCCCAGGGAGGGACGCAGAACAGGGAAAUUAUAG